GCAUUUGUGGUACAUGCACCAAAAAAGACAUUGUCCAUACUAAUAUAAGAAAUUUUCAUAACAGGGGACACAACAAGGUGGCCAUCAUGUUCAUCUCCAAUACUAGGAAGGGACCAUGAUCAUGAAGAAUAUUACUCCCCCAGCUAUUCCCCCCACAUUCUCCAUAACAACAACAUGAACCUCAACAACAACAAUAACAAGAAGUCUGUUCUCAUGAAAGUCAAAGAAAAAGCUAAGAAAUUGCGACAGAGUCUCAGCAAGAAGAAGCACGACGGCCAUGAAGGCAACUCCACCCCCUCCUGGGGUGUUUCCUUGGAUGACGAUGAAGAUGAUGAAGAUCCGGAAUAUCUUGGUGCCCCAAUGUAUGAAUCAGAGCUAGCACCAGAGACUUACAAAGAGAAGGCGAGGCAGCAUCCGCGAGCAGACCCUGUUGUUUCUGGAAAACAUAUUUUGACAAGCACCACAAAAAAUGAAGUUGAAGUUGAAGUUGAAGUUGCAGUUGAAGUUGAACAAGAAAAACAAAAAGAAAAUGAAAAUGAAAAUGUAAAAGAACAAGCAAAAGAACAAGAACAAGAACAAGCAAAAGAAAAAGAAAAAGUGAAAGAGAAAGAGAAGCCAAUUAGUCCAACUAACAAGACAAUCACUGAAACCAUGACUGAGAAACUCACACCGGCAUACAAUACUGUAGCCGACGCAACUCACACGAUUGCUUCAAAAAUCGCAGGCCUGACUGUUUCAACCACGAAUGAAACAGGCACCGUGGGGGUGUGCCCCGGUAGUAGUGGAAUACAGAAUCUUGGGAGAGUUUCGGAGACUAGAGAGACCGUGACAGGUGGCGGCCUACAAAUGUGGGAUAAAGGUGUUUCGGUGAAGGAGUACUUGAUGCAGAAGCUUGAGCCUGGAGAAGAUGACAGAGCACUUUCACAGGCAAUAACUGAUGCAAUUAGUCCUAGAAAAACUAGGGGUGAAUUGGGCGUGGUAGAGAAGGUGAAAGGGGCAAUGAAUUUGUUGCUUCGCAACGAAGAGUCCUCCCAAUCGACGGUCAGAGCUGCAAAUUUAACAUCAUCCAUUCCUGUUUCUACCAAUGCACAACCGGUUAUUGAGGAAGAAAACCAUGGAAGAAUACUUCAAGCCAACUGAAGCAGAACAUAGUGCAGACAAAGAAAAUGUUUUUCUGGAUUUAGUGUAUUAGGUUAAUUUUAUCUAUAAACUAAUAAAUUCAACUCAAUGAUCAGCAUCAACUGUUGUAAACUUUGUUUUGCUUUGUUACAGUAUUGUAUAUCAGCAAUCAACUGUUUCUUUU